AUGUCAGUAAUUCCAGAAGAUUAUAAUGCAAGGUCUAUACUGAGCUUCUCAGGCACACAAAACAAAAUAAAAAAUAAUGAAAAUCUCUCAACAAACGAUUUCAAUGCUACAUAUACAGAUGGAUUCAAAGAAACUAAAGCUUCUUUAAUCGAAAUUAUACAAUUGACCCUUUCAGAGUUAAACCACCAUAAAAGAUUGCAGUCUAUAAAUGUAGCUAAGCAAAUAAGUGAUUUGGAAGAGAAUUUAUUAUGUACAAUAUCUCGAGUUAAUACUCAGGUAAAUUAUUGUAAAGCGCUUUUACAAGAAAUUAUUUUAAUAGAGAGCCCUCAAGAAAUCAAUACAUCAUUUCAAGCACUCUUAUCUAAAUCACCUGAAGAAGCAAUUUCCAAUGUUAGAAAUCAAUUUUUAGCCAAAAUUUAUCAAAUACUUCCUAAUGAAUCAAAAAGAGCGCUUGAGUUAAAAUACAACCCAUACUAUGAAACUCUAGAGAAAAAGGAGCUUGAAAAUCUAAAAUCUAAGCUCAAAAAUACUUUAGAAUGCGAAAAACAUUUAGAUACCAUAGUUCUUCAAAGCCGCUUCUGUAAAACAAUGUCUUAUUGUGAUGAUAUUGAAGAAGCAAGAAAAAAAGUUGAGAACUUUAAAUAUGAGCUAGAAAACUCUUAUUAUGAGCUAGCUUCCUCAGGCCAAAAUAAUGCAAAUUUGAAGCACCUUUAUGAGUCAAAUAGUGAAAUGAAAGAUCUUUACCACAAUUGUGCAAAAAUCUGUAAAGAGAUUUCCAAAAAAUGCGAUUUAACGUUGGAAAAUCUGAGUCAAAAAGAAAAAGAAUGCAAAUUGUAUCAUGAUAAAAACAUCUAUUUAAUUGAAAACUAUCCAUAUGAUGACAACGAAAUUCAAACAAAACUAGUGAUUUUUGACACAGAAUCUUUACAAAUAAAUUAUAAAGCUAUUAAAACUCCAGAAGCCUUGUCAGAUGGAACUUGCAUAGCACAACUACCAAACAAUGAAUUAUUCUGCUAUGGAAAUUAUAGCCCUCUUUCAGGAGUUACAAUCACUAUUAAUACUAAAGACUUAUCAUUCCAAUCACUCAAAAUUGGAAUUCCUUGCUGUUCAUCUGGCUGCACAUAUUAUCAAAAUUCAGUUUAUGCUUUUGGAGGAAAUAUUUCUGAUUAGAUUAGAUUAAGAUAUGCUAUAUAAGGUCACUAGACUUUAUUUCCUCCCAUCAUCGUGGAUUAAUUUCGCAUCAGAUGAAAUCAGGCAUUAUUUCCAUCUAACGCUCUUUUCUAUCUGAGCCAUAAAAUGGUGAAAUAAGGGACUCUAAAGGAAAGCUCAUCCAUUCACAUAUUGGUGCUUUCCAAAGACUAAGAACUGCCUACCUGCAAAAGUGCUUUAAUUAUUUCUUGAUCACUGAAAUCUCCUUCUUUGCUUACCCUAAUUCUUUCUAAUCUAAAGAUUGCAUCCCAAAAGCACGGAAAAAGAUUGAGCUCAAUCUGGUGUCUGGGGUUUGAGUAAAAAGUUUGUGCGAAAAAUACUCUGAAGAACUAAUUCCAAAAGGGCCAUCCUUUCUUAGGCUCAAAUAAACUCAAAGAAACCGAGAACUUAAUUAAGCUUGCCGUUUUAAUAUCUAAUAUCUCUGAAGAAAAUUAUUUAAACCAAACAAGAAAAUAUGAUUUUUCUGAAGACCAAUGGAUCGAACUGUCUUCAAUGCCCAUUGCAUCUGAUGGGUGCUCUUGCAUUCCUUUUAGAGAAUCCAUUUUAGUAUCCGGCUGAAAUCACUCAAAAGUAUAUCGAUAUGAUAUUAAUGGAGAUAUUUAUUCAGAAAUUCUGAAUAUCAGUGCCGAAAAAGAUAAAAUUGUAUUUACAGGAAAUUCUAGAGCUUAUAUUGUAGAACAAGAAGGAAGUAUUUAUGAAAGUGAAACUAACGAUGAAAAUAUUUGGUACAGAAUUGGCAACUCUAGUACAGGGUUUGCGCUUCAAAGUUAUAGAACUUAUUGCAAUGGCUCAAUAUUAAUUGGGAUGAUAGAUGAUGAAGAAGACGAAGACUGAGAUGAAUAUUAUUGCUUUUACACAUUUAACUUGAAAAGUAAGACACUAGACAAAAUAGAAGAAAUUUGUCCCAUAGAUAAUUAUUAUCGUAACAGUUAA